GAAAAGUUAAUGGGCCAAACAGACAUAUAUCCAGCCCAUUAUAAUCUCUGCAUCUCCUACCUCUGAAUCCCAAAAACCCUAGCGAUUUUUUUCUUCUCUCCCGAGACGCUCUGUGAUAGCGAAAGCAUCUGUUGUAAUCUAAGGUUCUGUAAUGGAGAAAUCUAGAGAAAGCGAGUUCUUGUUCUGUAAUUUGUGUGGGACUAUGCUUGUCUUGAAAUCAACCAAGUAUGCAGAAUGUCCACAUUGCAAAACAACACGGAAUGCAAAAGAUAUCAUCGACAAGGAAAUAGCUUACACAGUUUCUGCUGAGGAUAUCAGAAGAGAACUAGGAAUAUCAUUGUUUGGUGAAAAAACGCAGGCAGAAGCUGAGCUACCAAAGAUCAAAAAGGCAUGCGAGAAAUGCCAGCAUCCUGAGCUUGUAUACACAACCAGACAGACGAGAUCAGCUGAUGAAGGACAGACAACAUAUUACACUUGCCCCAAUUGUGCUCAUAGAUUCACAGAAGGUUGAUGUUUCCAUCAUUGUGAUUCAGAUAUUCACAGAGCAUACCAGUUUUGUUUCUUACAUUAAUGUUGCAUAUUCAAUGAUUCAGUGCCAUCAUUAGAACCUUAUGUAUAUGUAAACCAACUCAAUUUUGCAAUGUCAUGUAGUGUUCUUUAA